CACAUGCAAACACAUCUUCAACCCCAAAAUGAAGAUCAUCAUCAUCGGUGCCGGAAUCUCCGGAUGCACGGCCUAUCUGCAGCUAAAGAAACAUCUUCCAAAAGCCGUCAAACAUGACUUCACCAUCUACGAAGCAUACAGCACCCACCCCGACACUACAGCCCAAGAUCGGCAGGGAUCGACUCAUUCAUCGACGCUGGUCGUGGGAGGGGGGCUGGGGGUUGGUUCGAACGGGCUGAAUGUUCUCAAACGUCUAGAUGAAGAUCUGCUCCGUGAUAUUGUUCGUGGGGGGUAUACAGUCGACCACUCCAAUCUGAAGAAUAAAAACGGGCGACUUCUUAUGCGGAUGGACUCGACGGAUUCAUCACAGGAUGAUGGUAAACAGGGAAUGAAUAUGGUCGCCACAAGUCGCCACUCACUGUGGAAAUGUCUGCGCAGGCGUAUCCCAGACGACGUCAUCAUCAACAAGCGAGUCUCGCGCGUCGUGGCAAACGCAGCAGGUCGGAAUAUCGUCAGCUUCAGCGAUGGAAGCGCCGACGUGCAGGCGGAUUUGGUCAUCGGGGCGGAUGGGAUUAAAAGUAUUGCUAAACGGGCUGUUUUUGCUGAUGACGGGGAUGAUCACUAUCCUCCACAUUACGAGGGUCUUGUUGGGAUCGGUGGGUUUAUUCCCUCGGAUGAAGUUAGAGAUUAUGUUGAAAAAGGUUCGAUGAAUUUCAUCUUUGGUGGAAAUGGAUUCUUCGGGUAUUUCUUUUCAGAAAGCAAUCCAUCAGAUCCAAAUCGAGAUUCACCAUAUGAUAUCUCCGAACCGGGAGAUUCCAUCGCAUGGUGGUCAACCUACGCAGUGGAUGUCUGUCCAAAUCCAAAAACCAUCGACAAGGAAGACAUCGUCCGUCAAUUACAAGGGAGACACGGAGAAUGGGAAGAUCCUGUCGUCCAGAAAAUCAUCCAUUCCGUGCAGGUGGAUAGUAUGUAUCCAACAUGGACGUCACCGCAGCUGCCAACAUGGGAACGAGAAGGCGUCGUCCUCGUUGGUGAUGCAGCACAUGCUCUACCAUCGAGUUCAGGACAGGGAUCUUCACAGGCACUAGAGGAUGUUGAAGCAUUCGCUUUGUUUCUGGCAUACUUUCUUCGCAGGGAGUAUGAAUGUCCACUUCCACCACAGAUUGCAGCGGAGAAGCAGGCUAUCAAGACAGCUGCCAAGUACUAUGUGGAUCUGCGUCAGCCGCAUGUCAGGGGGAUUCUGGAACAUGCGCAGAAGAUACAGGAUCAUAAGCGGGAGAUGAAUAUCGUUCAGGAGUAUUUUAUGUACGGCGUGAUGUGGAUUUUAGGAUUCUUUCCGAGUGUUUUGUCCAAACCGAUGCAAGAAGUCUUUCAAUAUAAUGUAGCAGAGCAUGUUGGUCAAGUUCUUGCUGGUGAAAAUGAAGGAUUGCCUUGAUGUUUAUAUGUACGAUGUUCUAAUGAUAAUUCUCUGUAUAAUCUAAUCGAUCAGCCCCACUUCUCCGCACUUCCCCUUUUUC